UUUGAUUUAUUUCCAACCGACGAUAAAAGUUCCUCAAAAUCCAAGUGUGUAAGUUAAACAGCGAGAUAAAGUGUGUCCUGCCGUAGGAUCCAUCAUGUCCUUAUUACAAUCUGUGGAGCUCCUGGCAGGUGCGCUUCAGGGCACAGUGGCGCCCCCUGCUGGCGGGCGGGCUGGCAGGCAGCCGGUGCCCCCGUGUUGCCUCAGAUGUCUGGUGUGCAGUAACGGGACAGCAGGUCCAGCCCUCAGCCCCGUGGUGAAUGGAGAUGGGUAAACAAUAACGCCUCGCCGUGUUAUAUAUUAUUUAACGUUAUUACACUGCGAGUUUGGGGCUAUCUUUUGUUAAUUAAGUUAAAACUCAGACGCAGUCCCGCUUCUAUUCUAUCAGUUAAAAAUAUAUAGAGAGAGACCGGCUCUUCCAUCAAUUUGACAACACCGGCUUAUUGUUCCCGUCCGUCAUGGCGAUAGCCCACGUAGCAACCGAGUACGUUUUCUCCGACUUUCUGCUGAAGGACCCCACGGAGGCCAAGUACAGAGGGGUGCGUCUGGAGCUGGCGGUGGAUAAGAUAGUCACAUUGCUGGCGGUGGGGCUGCCUUUGUUUCUCAUCUCGCUCGCUUUUGCUCAAGAGGUGUCAGUGGGUACCCAGAUCAGCUGCUUUGCUCCCACUAACUUCACCUUAAAACAAGCAGUAUAUAUGGACUCAUUUUGUUGGGCAACAGUACACCAACAAUCUGACAGUUCACCACUGUGGCUGCACAAGUUCUUUCCAUACGUCCUCCUCUUACUGGCCAUCCUCUUGUAUAUCCCGGCCCUGUUCUGGCGUUUCACUGCAGCUCCUCAUCUCUCCUCUGACCUGAACUUCAUUAUGGAGGAGCUGGACCGCUUUUAUAAUCGUGCCAUCAAACUGGCCAAGAAUCUAGCAUCCUUCGACAGCAAGGAUGGACCAGAGGAGUCCCAGAGUGCUUUGGACCUGACGGAGGGUUGCUUCAAAUACCCUUUAGUGGAGCAGUACCUGAAGACCAAGCGCUUCUCCCGCAGCCUCGUGGUCAAGUACCUCGCAUGUCGGGGCCUGACUCUGCUGAUCCUCCUGCUGGCCUGCCUCUACCUCGGCUAUUACAUCCAGCUGGCCUCUCUCACUGACGAGUUCCCCUGUGACCUGCGGACAGGCGUGCUGCAGAACGACACCAGGGUGCCGUCGGCGGUCCAGUGUAAGCUUGUGGCAGUGGGCGUCUUCAGGCUGCUCAGCUACAUCAACUUGGCGGUGUAUGUGCUUCUUGCUCCUCUGGUGGUGUACGCUGCUCUCGGACCAGCUCAUCAGGGCUCCGGCUUCCUCCGGCCUUAUGAGAUGCUGCCAGGGUUCGGGGCUCUGGGUCUGGUCACACCCUUCUACAACGACCUCAGCAUCUAUCUGUUGUUCCUGGAGGAGAACCUGAGUGAGCUGAAAUCUUUCAAGUGUCUGCAGGUGCUUGAAUUGUUGCAAGAGGCUGGUGAGGGGUUUGACACCAUGUGCCUACUGCGGACUCUGGGUCAGGUGAAGACUGAUGUGCUGGACAGUAAGAAGACGUGCUCACGCAAGAACAACAGAGAAGUUAAACAAGUUGAAGAAUGAUUCCCAAGGAGGGCUCUCUGCCUUUUUUCUGUAUGAUUGACCUGAUGAGGGGAAUCCAGGCUGUGCUGGAAAAAACAGAACCGGACUGAAAGAAAAACCUGUGCACUUACCUUUAAAUGAAUUUCUGGUGUGACAUCUACAUUAAAAGCAGAUUCACACAGUCUGUUGUUUAGUCCACAGACAUUUAGCCUCUCAGAUGUCUCAUUUUAAAAAAUGUGAAUAUUCCAAGAACAAUUGUCUCAGGUUUGAGGUGAUCUGUAGCUGACUCCUUACCUUAAUUGUGAAAAUAAAUUCAUAUGUUUACAUUUAUUCUGGAGUAGAUACUACUUUUCUCAGGAUUGUAAAAUGCCUUCCAAUCAUAAUUUAUGAUAUAAGCCAUGUUCCUUGGACUGCCCAUUUUGUCAGAACAAGAGAUGUUUCUGAACAAAGAUUGUAGAUGUAUUUAUAGUAUAGUAUUGUAAGAAAAACCUGACUAGCUUUAUUCGGAGUCUGGACAGUUAAACAUGUGAUUAUUUGUACUUAUUGUGCUGUCAGCAACAGAUGGUACACUGUAUUUGCAUGUUUGGAGUAAAUCAAGCCUCUGGGUUGUUUAAAUUAAUAGAAUUUUGCAUGAAAGAUGUAUAGAUAUGCUUUUGGUGAAUGAAAUAUCAGUGUUAAUCAACAUCAACUUCUCUGGCUUUGAUGUGCCCUUAUACAAUUAAAGGAUGUUAUUCUCAAUGAUA